GGUUUCCCGCUGUUUCUUGGAAAUCGGAUUUCUGGUCCGUCGAAUCGGGGCCAAGUGUAACGUCUGGCAUCGGACCCCGAGACAAAUGAGCACCCGACGUAUCUCUCCGGAUCUCUCCAGAGAAAGUAGGGGUAUGAGGAGGAAUCGGUGCCUUGGAAGGCAUCGGUGGGGUUGAGUUUGGUUGAGAGUCAGCAGGAGUCAGCCGACUUCCGCAAGCACUCCGCAAUCGAUAUGCAAGAAAUUCAGGAGUUACGAACUCUGAACCCAGGUACCAGCAGUUACCUACACGCCGACAAUGUCCCCAAAAACUAUAAAGCCAGCAUUCAAGCUGUCUUCUCACUUUUCUGUUGAGUUUGAUCAUGUUCCCAGCUAGACUCUCCCUCGCGGUUCUCUUCUCAGUAUCCCCUGCCCUCGCAUACUUUUCUGGCUUAGGGCUUGGCUCCGAACGCAGUAUCUUUCGUCGCGACCUAAAUUCUACUGGAGAUGAAUCCAACAGCACUCAAUGGCCAGCGCCGCUUGCUAAUGGAGGCAAAUCGUGGGCUUCUGCUUUCAAAAAAGCGAAAGCGACAGUCACUGAGAUGACCGUGGAAGAAUUAGCCAACAUCACCUCAGGGGUUAUAGGUUUGUGUUCAGGAGUGACGGGUGCUGUAACUCGACUUGGAAUUCCCGAAUUUUGUCUUCAAGACGGACCUAUCGGGCCUCGUGGUGUGCAUGGAAGUUCUCAGUUUCCAGCUGGUCUUACCGUUGCUGCCACUUGGGACCGGACGCUCAUGUAUGCUCGUGCUAGAGGUAUGGGACAAGAGUUCCAUGAUCAAGGCGUGCAUCUUGCAUUGGCACCUGUCACUGGCGGUCCACUUGGUCGUACGCCUUUGAACGGAAGAGGCUGGGAAGGGACUUUUGCUGAUCCUUAUGCUUGUGGCGAAGCUUCUUACCUAUCUGUAAAAGGCUUGACCGAUGCUGGCGUAGCCACGGUCUCAAAGCACUGGAUAGCAUAUGAACAGGAAACAUCGAGAAAUCUCUAUAUCGACAUCGACGGAGUUUCGCAAGCGGAUAUUCAGUUGCCAAUUUCCUCCAACGUCGACGACUUGACCAUGCACGAACUAUACAUGUGGUCAUUUGCUGAAGCUGUUCGGGCUGGAACGAAUCAUAUCAUGUGUUCCUAUAACCGUAUCAACAACACUCAUUCGUGUAGCAACGCCAAAGGGCUUAAUCAACUCCUCAAAACUGAACUGAACUUCCAGGGAGGUGUAGUCAGUGACUGGGGAGGACAAUGGGACAGUGUACCGGCUGCAGAGAAUGGUUUGGAUGUGGCUAUGCCUGGAAAAGGAUUUCUGGGAGCGCUGGGAGAUUUCUGGGGCGCAACAUUGGUUGAAUUGAUCAACAACGGCACAGUCAGCGAAGAUCUCGUUCGAGACAAAGCAGUUCGCAUCCUGACUGGGUACUAUUACCUCGGUCAAGAUACUAAUCCACCACCACCCUUUGUUUAUAACACAAUCGGAGCGCCUACUUUGAAUGCUACUUCUGGGUAUCGAAACGUUCGGAAACCAGGGACCGCGGAGCUGAUAAAGGAAAUCGGAAGCGCGAGCGUUACUCUCCUGAAGAACACCGGUAGUCUACCCUUGAAACACCCGCAGCGGAUUGCAGUAUUGGGCAACGAUGCUACUUAUAACGUGCUCGGUCCCAAUGCUUGUGGUUUGGCAAACAGUGCCUGUGAUAUCGACAACCUUAAUGGUACCUUGACAACAGGAGGCGGAAGCGGGUCGGCACUUUCACCAUACACCAUCACUCCCCUCGAAGCGCUGCAGAAAAGGGCAAUCGAAGAUAACGCCGAGAUCGCCGCAGUCGUCGCAAACAGCAACACCACCACCGGCGCAGAAGACGCAAUCGCCGCCCUCCUCCCUGACGCCGACGUUACCUUUGUCUUCCUCAACCGAUAUUCCGAGGAAGGUGCAGAUGCGCCUGAUUUUUCCCUCGGAGGCGACGGUGACAACCUCAUGGAUCUCGCCGUCACGUAUUCGUCCAACGUCGUCGUCGUGAUACACACCACCGGUGUCGUGGAUAUUGAAAAAUGGGCGGACAACCCAAAUGUUACGGCGAUCCUCGUUGCGUAUCUCCCUGGGCAAGAAGCUGGAAAUAGUCUGGUUCCGGUCUUGUAUGGUGAUGUUGCGCCGAGUGGGAAGCUUCCGUGGACUUGGGGGAAGAGUAUUGAUGAUUAUGUUCCUAACGGUGUUGUAUACACCGAUGCAUACUCUCCUCAAUCAAAUUUUACGGAAGGUGUAUUCAUCGAUUACCGCUGGUUCGACAAGAUGGGUAUAACUCCUCGAUAUGAAUUCGGAUUCGGUCUAUCCUACACAACCUUCACAUACUCGAACUUGAUCGUCGAUCACGGUCGGUGGGCGAAAGAUUACUCGUCUGUAAUGGAAACAGCGGAGCCAUUCGCUGAAUGGGACGGCACCAAUUCGCUUUACGACGUGAUAUUCACUGUGUUCGCGACCAUCACUAACACUGGGAACCUUACUGGGAGUGAAGUCGCUCAAUUGUACAUCUCCAUCCCAGGAGACAACCAACCCGUGCGUCAACUACGCGGUUUCGACAAGAUCAAAGAUUUACCUGCCGGUGAUUCUGCUGUCGUCACCUUCCCAAUUCGGCGCAAGGACGUCAGCUCGUGGUCUGUUGUUGACCAGUUGUGGUAUGUGCCGAAUGGAGACUUUUUGAUUUCUGUCGGGGGGAGUUCUCGGGAUUUGCCUCUUAACACUACUUGGACGCCGUGAUUUAAUCGAGAGAUAGAUAGAUAAUGUGUUGAUUGGGUGUUGGUUGUGGGUGGGUGGUAGGUUCGGACUUCGAAGAAUGUUAAUGGUACAAUUGUAUAGUACAUAUACAUAGACGUUACGCAGUCGAUCAUGGGUAGCCAGCCGUACUAUGUACAAGGCGCGCUUACUCGAAAGUUGUUUGCGCGUGCACGUCUAUUUUUAUUUGCCAUCGAAAGAUUAUCGAUACUUUCGAACAAGUACCACAGUCACUAUAAAUUCACUGUCCAGUAUGUACUGAUAGUGACUACAUUAUCUGGACUGGGUUGUA